AUGGCAACAACAAAACUAUUAAGGCCGGCUCGUCUCUACUUCACAACCAAUCCGAGGACUGUCAAAAGUUUAACCGAAUCAAAGGCGGUAUUCUCAUAUUUCGAUAAAAUCGGGCCGUUAUUAGAAUUUAAAUUUGGGAGGGUAUUUAUCAAAGGUUUCGAACAAGUGGAGGAUACAGAAAACAAAAAAAUCCUAAAAUUUGGCUGGGUCAGCUAUAAGGACAACGAAAUAUCUAAAAAACUACUUUCAUCCGAGACUUUAUCCCUACCUGAGCCCCUAUCGUUCGAUAUUAAAUUUGAAGAAUCGAUUCACGAAGCCGUUUAUAAUAAGCCACCACCCCAUAGAUAUAAACCCCGGUUUUCAGGCUUUUAUAUUAACAGGAAUAGCCCCCAGGGGAAUAUAGAUGCUUCUAGAAUAUUGGAUUUGUUUUCUUCGCCAUCGUCAAUGGACCAAAAGGGUUCUUUGGAAAACGAAGUUUCUCUAAAUGAAAAUGAAAACGAUAACACGGAUGCAGUUGAGGAGAAACGGGAAUUUGAUGAGAUCACUGAAGAAACGAUUGAAGAAUCAGGAAUCUCACGGGACAAGUCUUUGUCAUUGUAA